AUGUAUACUCAGUCUGUAGAUAUGAAUUUUGCAACUCAAGAGCUCAAAUGGGCCGAAAAUCCAAACUAUACAAGCGAAUCAGAAGAUAUUGAUGCAGACGGACAUUUCCCACCACAAUUGUUGCCAAUUGAAAUUCAGAAUGAAUCCUAUUUUUGUCCGCCAAUCAAUACAAAAUACAAGAACAGUCUUAUCAGCAAAUAUGUCAGACGCGAAAAUACAUACUCAAACAAAAAUAUUAUGAAAGGAAGAUUGACAUCUCAAAUUCGUCCUGAAGAAAGAGAUGCUGCUAUAUAUGGAAUGUUUUCUAUAUCAGUAGGAUCUUCACUUUCGCACAAUACAUUUGCAUAUGCUACAAGGCUCUUCGAUUUAUUGUUAAAAAUGUCGGAGAUCUCCGAAAGUGAUAUCAAUAUCUACGCUGCCACAUGCUUGUUCAUAGCGACAAAGCUUGAGGAUGAAGGUCCAAUUGAUUACUGCGAGCUUUUUUCAUCCUUUUAUGGAGAUGUUUCCGUUAACAGUAUUGUAUCAUGUGAACUACGCAUUCUAAGCGUUUUAAAGUUUGACUUAGAAGUCAUUACACCCUUUUCUUAUCUUGACCUGUUUCUUCCGGAAUAUUAUAAUCAAGCGACUCCAGAGACCAAUUUUACAUUAAAAAGUAUCACAAUUGCUUGUGUAUACUCUCUUCUACUGAUUAAUUGCUCAAUGAACUACACAAGCUUUGAAAUUUCCCAAGCAGUACUUGAAAUUUCUCAAGCACUGAUAAAAAAGGAAAAAUGUAUAUCACAAUCAGAAUGUCAUUUAAAGGUGAUUGAAUCCCUCUCUGUGGCAUUUGAUAUACAUGGUGUCUUGAGACCGAUUUUUCCUCAACUCGAGGAAUAUAUGCUUUUUUAA